UGUGUGUUCAUCGGUUACUGUGAUUGAAAUGUUCACUUCAUUUGGCGACGUUAAUACAUGCCAAUAUAUCUAUAUAUAAUCCAUAUAAAUAUGUAUAAUGCAUACUAUUGAAUGAACGUGCAUGGUAUAAAAUGUGGUAUUGUCAGGCCGAUGCAGGCAGCUUAAUUGUCACCAAUCUGCCUUAGUGUGAAGGAGUUAGCUCCUUGCUAAGUGUAGCCUCCUGCUUCUAAACGGCUUAGGAAGACACGUUGGACGGGCACCGGAUCAUGUUGUCCUCACCUUACUUUACCCCUGCACGGCCGAUUUGCUUAUGUACACUGUAUAGGUGUGUCAGGCCGGGUACAACAUAAUGGAUUCAGAGGAUAAACAAACAAAAGACUGAGGGCUCCAGAUGACGCUGUAGUGUAGACGUUUCUAUUUGAACUCCACUGAAGGCUGAGCAACACUGAAAAAGGCACAGUGCUGCUGGCUGGACACCAUCACGUCUGUGCUGCUGGUACACCACCACCUCCUUCUAGCUCCGUUUCAUAAGAAGAACACGGUCCCUGCUCUUUGAAUUGAGGACAGGAGAGGAUGGCAGAUGGAGAGAAGGAGAAGGAAGAGUCCAUGAGAGGCGCUGACGUUGUAUUGUGUAAUCAGCCUAUGUUCUGAGAAGGAACAUCACACCCUCGUGUGCCGGGAUCUUAUUGUGGCCUCCCACUCACUAGACGGGAAGAAAGGCGUAGGGGAGAGGCGAGCCCCGGGUGGACUCCAUUUCCCAGCGUGCAUUGCGCCCCAUGAUGUUCCCAACAGCUGACAGACGGUGAAAGCCGCUAGCAGAGAGCUGUCUGUUGUGAGGGAAGAGGACAACGGCGGACUUCAUCGUCACGUCGAGGGACUUUUCCACAACCUUGUUGCGUCGAGCCUCCCCUUUGGAUUAAGAAAAGAAGUCUAUUAUUGUUAUUAUUUUUAGUUGGGCAGCCUCCGGGGUGGAAGCUGGGGGGACAUCGGCGCGGUCAGGUGCUCCCUUCCACAAUAGGUCGCCGGGGCUGCUGCAUAUGUCGGAUUUCAGCCACUAACCUUUCCUCUGCAGCCCCCCCAGCCGAGCCCAAAUGCCGAGGAAUGGAUAGUGUGACGACUAGCGGCGGGAACAUGGUCGAGAGUGGCGAGAAGCCCGAGAGGGACGGCGGCGAUGGAGGAGACUUAGCCAUGGCCGCGCUCCACCAGUGCGAACUGAUCCAGAACAUGAUAGAUAUCUCCAUCUCCAGCCUGCAGGGGCUCAGGACCAAAUGCGCCGCGUCCAACGACCUCACGCAGCAGGAAAUCCGCACACUGGAGGUGAAAUUGGUGAAGUACAUCUGUAAACAGCUGCAGUGCAAGCUCAAAGUGCCGGAGACGGAGAGACCCGAGACCCUGGACAGCUACCCGCAUUUACCAGACUGGCUUCGCACCAUCAACCUUCGACCGGAACUUAUCCAGGCAGUGGAAGCAAAGUUCUGCCUGGACGCCUUACUGCAAAUGGCAGGUGCUCAGUUGAGGGACACCAUGCAGAGGCUGGGAUUCACUUCAGAAGAGUGCGCCCGACUAAAUGCUGCCCUCUCCUGCCUAAAGAGUGCUGCUGAAUCAGGUGAAGACCUGAAGGAAGACCGCACCGCUUGGUUGUCGGAGCCCACCAGGAGGGACAGUGGUUCUCUGCUUACUGUGGACCAGCUCUCCAGCCUGGGCAAUCCCCUGCGGCCACACAGUCCCUCACCUCUGGCCCGCCCAUCCACUAUCCAUUCCACGCCUUCCACACCCUGCGCUACCUUCCCUCAUCCCCGCUCGGGUUCUGUGUCAGCAGUGCCCACACCUGAGGGGCAGAUGCCACACUUCCACGGCGACAGCCCCCUCACGGAUCCAUUUCCCAUGUCCUUGGCUCGCUCAGCCCGGCUCCACGGACACACCUGCACCCCGCCUCUCACGCCUCCCUCAAGGCGCCGGCACCGCCUGAAGCCUCCCUGCACCCCUCCCCCUCCCUCCCGAAAAGUGCUGCAUCUGCUCCCGAACAUCACCCUCACGCGCAGCAAGAGCCACGAGUCGCAGCUGGGGAACCGCAUCGAAGACCCGCUCAGCAACAAAUGUGUCAAAAAGAAUAAAGUGCUCCUGAAUAUGCAAGUCAAUGGGAAUGGGCAUGAUGACAUGCAUUCUCGCUACCCACUUUUACCCCUACGGACCCCUGGGGUCCCCCCGGCUGCAACCACCACGCCUUACACCCUCCCGGGCACACCAACCCUGUUGGAAGAGCAUAGCAUCAUUAAGAAUCACCUACCCGUGCGGCGUAGCUCUCCCCAGGCAGUGAGGCGGGACAUUGGCCUGGCUGUCACUCACAGGUUCUCCACCAAGUCAUGGCUGUCUCAGACAUGUCAGGUGUGCCAGAAGAACAUGAUGUUUGGGGUAAAGUGCAAACAUUGUCGAUUAAAGUGCCACAACAAAUGCACCAAGGAAGCCCCGUCCUGUAGGAUCUCCUUUCUUCCAAUUGCCAAAAUUCGCAGGACGGAGUCUGUGCCGUCCGACAUAAACAACCCGGUAGACCGGCCGCCCGAAGCACCGCAGUUUGGCACGCUACCCAAGGCCAUUACCAAAAAGGAUCACCCCCCUGUGCUGAACCAGCUGGACUCCAGCAGCAAUCCGUCCUCCACGACCUCAUCCACGCCCUCCUCGCCGGCACCCUUCCAGCAGAGCAAUCCCCCCAGCGCCACGCCGCCGCCCAACCCCUCACCCAAAGGCCAUCGGGACAGUCGCUUCAACUUCCCAGCUGCCUGCUACUUUCAGCAUAGACAGCAGUUUAUCUUCCCUGACGUUUCCAGCCCCGCUACUUUGCAAGCUGAUGUUCUCCAAGACGCUGUCUCUCUGCAUGGCAGUGGUGAGGUUGAGCCGUCGACGGACGACAUACACGACGAGCUGGUUGAAGAUGAAGAUGAGGAUGAGGAGGAAGAAGAGGAGGACAUUGAGGUUGAAGACGAAGACCCUGACCUUGAGGAGUACAAUGAGGAUGAAGAGGAGGAGGAGAACUGCGAUGACGGCGAGGAGGAUGAGGACGGCGAGGAGAUGCGGAUGAACACAGGGUCUGACGGUGAGUGUGAAGGCGACCAGCUGGAGGACCUGCCCUGCUCUCGGGGCAACCAGUGGAAGGUCCCCAUCUCCCGUAAAGCCAGCCAGACCAGCGUCUACCUGCAGGAGUGGGACAUCCCCUUCGAGCAGCUGGACCUGGGAGAACUCAUAGGGAAGGGCCGCUGGGGCAAGGUGCACAAAGGUCGGUGGCAUGGCGAGGUGGCCAUCCGACUCCUGGAGAUCGACGGGAACAACCAGGACCACCUGAAGCUCUUUAAGAAGGAAGUGAUGAACUACAGGCAGACGAGGCACGAAAACGUGGUGCUCUUCAUGGGGGCCUGCAUGGCCCCGCCCCACCUAGCCAUUAUCACCAGCUUCUGUAAAGGCAGGACGCUCUAUUCCGUGGUGAGGGAUAGCAAGAACACGCUGGACAUCAACAAGACCAGACAGAUUGCUCAGGAAAUUGUCAAGGGAAUGGGAUAUCUGCACGCCAAAGGCAUCGUCCACAAAGACUUGAAGUCAAAGAACGUUUUUCACGAUACCAACAAAGUGGUGAUCACAGAUUUCGGGCUUUUCGGCAUCUCUGGAGUUGUUCAGGAAGGGAGGCGGGAGAAUAAACUGAAACUUCCGCAUGGCUGGGUUUGUUACUUGGCACCUGAAAUUGUGCGCAAAAUGAGCCCCGGCAACAACGAGGACCGCCUCCCUUUCUCCACCGCCGCGGACGUGUAUGCCUUUGGCACCAUUUGGUACGAGCUCCAAGCGAGGGACUGGCCAAUCACCAACCAGCACGUGGAAGCAACCAUCUGGCAGGUCGGGAGCGGAGAAGGUAUCAAAAAGAUCCUGGCAGAGAUCAGCCUGGGGAAGGAGGUGACUGAGAUCCUCUCGGCCUGCUGGGCGUACGACUUACGAGAGCGGCCCACCUUCACGCAGCUGGCUGACAUGCUGGAAAAGCUACCCAAACUCAACCGCAGGCUCUCUCAUCCCGGACACUUCUGGAAGUCUGCAGAGUUGUAGCGGCAAAGCUAAUGCAACACGGCCCGGGUCUGCCUUGCAUGCUCCCCGGUCCUUAACACCCUCAGGAGUGUUCAGAGCAUCGCCUCAGAUACUCUGCUUCCACUUCCUCUCUGUCUUCUGUCCCAUGCAGAGCAUCAGCAGGCUGCACUUCUGCAUCUUGUGUUUUCUUUCUCCUUUUCUGUUGUGCUCUGGACUUUGAGGCUUUUGAAUGACGCGUUCUGUGCUCAGCACCUGCGUGCUGCAGUGUUACGGUGGGGACCUGUAGUACUGUAGUACUGGAUCCUACUCUGUAGGAUACUGCAGUACUGGAGCCUACCCAGCAAACAACAUGACAGUACGCAGCAUUACGUUUUAUUUCCAUGUGUUGUGGAUUGAUUCAUGAAUUGAUUGAUUCGAUUUUUGGUGAUUUUUGUUGAAUCUGCUGUUGAUUGAUUACUUUCUUUAUUUUGGGGGGGUUAAUGUAGUCAAUCACAGUAAUUUAACCAAUUAUUGUAUGGGGAGGGGGGUCAUUUGAGGAAUCCACUUACUUGACUGAUUUCGGAGGUUGAGGUGGAAUGUCAUCAACCUCAUGAAAACAGACAGGUGAGGAAGGUCAGUCCAAGGUCACCUGUGGUGGGGUCAGUGAGGGUGGGGUCCACGCGGGCGUGCGUUUUAGCGUAUUUGCGUUAAAUAGUGUAAAUACUCGGUUUGGUGUACAGCAAUAUUUCUACAAACAUUUUCUAUGUCAAAGGCAUCACUACCUUUUUUUGGAAGCGUCCGCCAGGACCGCUACAGAUAUAUAUAUAUAUAUAUAUAUAUAUAUUAAUAUAUAUAUAUAUAUAUAUAUAUAUAUAUGUGUACAUAUUUCUAUUUUUCUCAUGUAAAAAGGCUCCCCCUUUUUCAAUGUUUUUUAUGUUGUCAAAAUCCAUAUUUUUGUAUUGCAUGUGAAGACUGUUGUCGACACGCAAGUUGUGUUUUCAUCCAUGGAAGAGAAUAAAAUGACUUGUCAUGUGACCACG